AUGCCAGCUCUCCCGAAUCUAGCUGAUGGCGCGCUCAAUCUGUUGUCCUCGGGCUCCUCAAUGCUUGAGCGCCAGGUGACCAGAAAUGGCAUCGUCGCCCGAUACAGCACCAGCUACAACGACGAUUACAAUAGGGCUCGGACAACCAUCAGCGGCGGCAUCAUUGCUGUCAUAGUUAUUAUCAUUGUCGUAGUCUUAGCAGUCUGCAUUGGCGGCUGUUGCUUCUACAACCGCUCCCAAAAACGACGGCAACAACGCCGGGCUGAGAUGAGUAAAUGGCAAACAGACCACCCCAACGCCAUGGCCAACAACACAUCCUACAACGCCUAUCAGGCUACCUCUAUGGUACCCCCUCCGACUUAUACCGGCGUUACGGAGCCCGGUGCUGCACACGUCGCUGGUCAUCAUGGUGCAACGACCACGGACAACGGCGGGGGAUAUUCAACUGGCGGUGGCGGUGGCUCUGGUGGCGCUGGUGGUACUGGUGCAUAA